AUGCAAAUGGCUGCUGUAUUAAGGGGAGGAAUUGUCGUCAGUGUGUCGGUGGUCCCUGUCCCAGCGAUCGAGAGAUCCCACCUGGAGCUUCGAGGGGAAAACCCUCUUAUCUCAGUUCUUCAGCUCUUUCCUCUUUUCUCGUCAUCACUGCGGAACAUCGUCUUGGAUGCCUCUUCCUGGAAGGCAGGUCAAGGAACCUUCAUCCCUUUCCAACCAUCCUAUACUACCCGGAAGAUUCAGGACGUCAUCCAGCCUUUGUGCCUUCCACCGCCUCCCAGUGUGUUAUUGGUAAACCCCCCUGAGGCCAUCUCUUCUAAAUAUCAGGCGGAAACCAACCUCGAAACGGAAAACACCGGAGUGUCAGCCAUUCCCCCUUCACCACUCAAGCUCCAGCUUCCUUCUUCGGAACGACACGAAGACAUGUCAUAUCAGCCGCCACCCACCUUAAGAGUACAAUGUGUAAACCCCAUCACUACCGCACCAGAAACUUCUGCCUCGUCUUCCUCCUUCUCCAUGUCGCAAGUUGAUGUUUCGACUAAUGAUGCGGAAGACGAAGAGGAAAGCGGUUGUGGAUUCACGGAAGGCGCUAAAUACAGCAAGAAAAAAAAAAGCCGUUCCAGAAAAGUACUUACCUGGAUGGCGAAGUUUGUUUGUUUUGGCUGCUGCAAGAAGCAGCAUCAAGAGAAAUGA